AUUUUCAGAUUUAGAUAGUCGCUGAGGAGAAAUAUUUUCUAGAAUGGAAUGCAGUAUUAAUCGUCAAGCAACAAGCUCCUCAAAUGAAAGUGAUUCGGAGAGUGGGGAGGAUGUUGUUGAGAAACUUCCGUUCAACUUAGCAAUGUUUGAUUUCAAGCAGUGUGAUCCGAAGCGAUGUACAGGGAAAAAGCUGGAACGUUAUGGAUUUGUUAAAGUUUUAAAGCUAGGAACUAAAUUUCCUGGUUUGCUGCUUUCUCCCAAUGGUGAACGAACAAUUUCUGCUGCCGAUCUCGCAUAUAUUAAAAAUGGCGGCCUUGCUGUUGUAGAUUGUAGUUGGAAUCAGGUCGCGAAUGUUGAUUUAAAUAGAGCAAGAGCUUCGCAUCAUCGUCUUUUGCCAUAUUUAGUUGCUGCAAAUCCGGUGAAUUUUGGGAAGCCAUGCCAACUGAGUUGCGUUGAAGCAUUUGCAGCGGGUCUGUACAUGAUUGGUCUGAAGAGCAAUGCACAGUUGCUUCUUUCGAAAUUCAAGUGGGGUCCGAAUUUUUUGAAAAUGAAUGAAGAUUUGUUGGAUGCAUAUGCGGCGUGCGAAAAUGGUGCUGAGGUUAUUGCCCGACAGAAUGCUCAUCUGAGAACACUGGCAAAAGAAGCAAGUGAAAUGAAGCAGCGACCGGUUGACAUGCCCAAAUCGGAUUCCGAAACUGAUAAUGAUGAUAAUGGCGAGAAUGGUGAUAAUGGCGAACUUAACUAAACUAGUUAAGAUCGUGUGAUGUUAAUUUUUGUUGAUUUUUCACUUUUACUAAUAAGGAAGUUCGGACAAUAUGUAUAUAUAUAUAUGUAUGUACAUAUAUAUAUAUG